UCUGUGUACUCUCCUUCCUCGUUCGUCGGUGGUGGUGUUGAGAACAAAAAUCGCUGUCCGAAUUCGGUCGAAAUUUGCAGUUGAAAACGGGUUUCCCCCUGGCCAAAUCGUCACCGGACCGUCAUCCCGGGGCCGGAAGUGUCCACGUUCGCGUUCAAGUGAAGCCAAGUGUCCCCGCGCGAGUUCAGUUACAGAAAUUACCCUCCAGUGUUCAACGCGAUUUCGAGAAAAGACCAUCCGCAGCAAAUUUCGACGUGCGCCUGUGUGUGUGUGUGUGGCGUGAGGCAACGGGGUUGCUUUGGUGGUGUGAGUGUGUUUGGGGCCAGGCCAGUGUUUUUCUGUUUUGACUUUUUCGACGUGCGGAUUUUGAGUCGAUUACGGAAGAGUCGUCGCAGGUUCGAGAGGGUUGCUUGCUGCUGCUGUUGCCUGAAUAUUGUGCAAAUAAAUAAGGGGGUGAUCUGUCCUCAGUGACUCUGAUUUGGUGUGUGAUUAAAUCGACCCUCAAACGACUGAAUGCUGCUGGUGGUGGACAGGUGUAUCCGGGUGCAGGAAGCCGUCGUUUAACCCAUCACACUGCCCAAACUUCCUCCGAAAGGACCUCCAAAGCUCGCGAGCGCGGAUCCAGCAACUCCUUCGAACCAAUUCCGGCCCAAAUCAUUUUCCGGAGAGGGAGCGAUUUUUCCCACCCAGAGAGAGAGAGAGAGAGAGGCCUGAGCUGCGACGGUGGCGUGACACAUCCGCGUCGACCGUGUGUGUGAGCGAGCGUGAAAAUUCGAAUGUGUAACAUCGAAACAGAAGCUGACGGAAGGAAAUUCGUGUGGUCCCUUCUCACAGACAGGUUACAGAUUUUGAGGAGCCCUUUGUGCAGGCAGAGUUCGCGCCGAGUGUGUCAUAAGUGCGCUGCUCUAUUUUUAAGAGCAAAUCUGUGAAGAAAGGUCGAGACCGCUUUGGCAAUAUCGGAAAGACGGAAAGAAAGAGUCACUCGGAAUUCACUCUUCUUUUGUGACGUGAGCAGAAGUAGCAAAACAAUUCGGGGGUGUUUUUCACUACAGUGGUAACUGAGUGUGUGUGUGUGCGCGGGCUGAGACUUUUCCUUCAACCCCCUUGAAGUUCGUCCUUGCGUUGGAACACCGCACCAGGCUUUUUACCACCCUCCCGGAUUAGUGCGGCGAUGAGUGUGUGAAAGUUUGAAGGAUCGAAACUAGGCUAAGGCAGAACCAACCAGCCGAGGGUGGUCGUCGGUCAUCACCGGAGAGAAUAAAAAGAGAGGCCUCCGACGGAAAACACACACGGCACCGCGCCGCAGUGAAACGUCAAAAGGAGCCAAGAGGAAAAAAUCAAUGAUUCAGAACCAGUUGGUGGCGAGUGUCCGGUGCUGCAGCUGCUGCUGGAAACUCACCAGAAUCUCCCGAGGAAUCUCCCGCUGCUGCUAGGGAAAAAGCGCAAAAUCACCAUCCGUACGCGAAAGCGAAACAAGUGUCUUGGUGUGUUGGUUUCGAAAAAAAAAACAGUUCUUCUUUUCUCGGACAGAACUCCCGCACUAGUUUUGUUACACAUCCCUCGAAGUAAUUGCAAAGUGAGAGAUUGUUAAGCCCCCUCCCACCCCGCUGAAUCUCAGGUCAGUUUCCCCCGUAGAAAAUUAAAGGAAAAUUCACCAGAAAAGUGUGUGUUUAGUAUUAUAUAAGUGAAUCUGCUGCUGCUGGUGUCUCCGAGGGCAGUCAGCCAGGUGUGUGUGUGUGUGAAUGUGUGUCUCUGCCAAGUAACGAGCACGCGAGCAAAGAGAAUCCAGCGACAGCAAACGCCGUCGUCGAAACGUGCCGUCACUUUUUUUUUGCUGACCCCGCGGAGAACUAGAGAAAAGCCGUCAAACUGGAGCGACUUCCAGAAUAUCUGCGCGACACCGUGGACUGGUUUAUGGGAAAGGCCCGACGUAAGGAGCGAGACGGAGACGCGAAUCAGGCCGACACAAAGCUAUACCUGGAGGAGGGAGUGCUCGAGCGCAAAUUGCCCGAUGCUGAUCUGAGGUUACUGGUGGACCUGCCCGCCGGCCUAGACUAUAAUGAAUGGCUUGCCUCGCACACCUUGGCGCUCUUCGAGCACGUCAACCUAGUGUACGGAACGAUUAGCGAAUUCUGCACCACAUCCGGCUGUCCAGACAUGACCGGACCAGGAACUAGAAUGUAUCUGUGGUUCGACGAGAAGGGCAAGAAGACGCGCGUCGCCGCCCCCCAGUACAUCGACUACGUGAUGACGUUCACCCAGAAGACGGUCAGCGACGAGUCGAUAUUCCCCACCAAAUAUGCCAAUGAGUUUCCUAGUUCGUUCGAGAGUAUUGCUAGAAAAAUUUUACGUUUACUGUUCCAUGUGAUCGCGCACCUGUACGCGGCCCACUUCCGCGAGGUCGCCCUGCUCGGGCUGCACGCGCACCUCAACCUCACCUUCGCCCAUCUGACCGCGCUGCACAGGCGUUUCAACCUUAUAGAACCCAAAGAGACGGAAGUGUUGCGUGACCUGGAGAUCGCCCUACGCCUAACCGACGAUCCAGUACCUUCCGGUGCGACGUCCUCGUCGUCGUCGUCGAGCACCACCAACACCACAACCACCACAAGCUCCGCGAGCACCAACCAGCAGCAGCCUAACAGCAGCAGCAUCAGCAGCAGCAGUUGCGCGGCAAUAGCCACAACGACGACGACGACCGACAGCGGUUCCGCGACCUCGACGACCGCGUCCGACUCGUGCCUGCUGCGGACAGAUGCGGCGACCGAGCGGAUGCUGGUGGAGAACAAUAAUAGCAGCAGCAGCACGUUCAUCGACGGCGAUGCGACGGCGCAACCGAUCUGCAAGCAGCCGCUAGAAUCGGGCAGUGUAAAUAAUAGUCAUAGUAACGCUACUAGUAGUAACAAAGAACAAAUGAUGCAGACGUGCGGUCCCGGGGGAACGGGCAGUACCGGGAGCAGCACCGGCAGUGUCGGAAUGAUUGGGUGUGGCGUUGGGUACAGCAGCAGCAGCGGAGCGGCCGGAAGUACGGCGACACAGCAGCAGAGCAGCAACACCCAGACGACGGCAUAGUGGAUACGCUGGACGGCUAGUGUGGGCGCCGGGGCCGGGACCGUGUUCCUGCUGGGCGGGGCUGCGUGUUGUGGGGCAGCGCUGCCACCGCUCCAAACCAAUCUCUGACCAAAAUGUGAUUUAUCCUCCUCCCCUCCUCCUACAUCUCCCCGUUUCCCUCUUGCUGCCCCUCUGAACGGGAGAGAAGAUCGUGGUGGCAGAAACACACAAAGUUGUACUACAAGAAUCGAACAAAAGAAGGGAGAGCUCGUAACAAGCUAGAACAACCAACAAACACUAGGCAAAAAACACUCUGGUAACAAUAGCACACACAAACACACAGGUUCAAUGCGGCCAGCGCGCGUGCGCGCGCUAGUUCCAACCGGCGGCGUAGAAUCCAAUUCCAAUUGAGUCGGAACCGGAACCGGCGACGACGCUGCGUCCUGGCCGCGAAACCCCUCACUUCACACUCACACAGCAGCGACGACAGUAAACGUGUUGUGAACUCACGCGAGAAUGAAAAAAGUGUUUUUUUUUCGUUUAUUUUUUUUUGAUAGAAUUAAAUUGUGAUUCAGUAGCUAUGUUUUACUAUUACUACUACUACUAUUAUUAUUUUUAAAUUAAUAAUUAUUAUCGUUGUUUAUUUAGUUUUUUUGCGGAGCGCGGUCGCGAGCAAAUUUUCCACCUUGAAAGAAGCGCGCGCGCUAGCAGCAAAAGAAAGCAAAAAAUCGAGAAAGCAAAAAAAAAGUUUCCUUUUGAUUAGUUUUAGAAGAAGAG